GGUUGGACGGUGAGACGGCGGUGUUUGGUUGAGCGGAGGGGCGGUAAUGGAGACCUUGGUGCUGGAUAAUGGUGCAAGUACAGCGAAGAUUGGCUUCAGUGACAAGCGAGUGAGUGUUUUGCCCAACUGCCAGUUCCGGUCCAGGACUGCUCGUCUCAAAACCUUCACCUCCAACCAGAUCGAUGAGAUCAAGGAUCCCUCUGGCCUGUAUUACAUUCUCCCCUUCCAGAAGGGCUACUUGGUCAACUGGGAUGUACAGAGGCAAGUAUGGGAUCACCUGUUUGGCAAAGAAAUGUACAAGGUGGACUUUCCUGAAACCAAUAUAAUCAUCACUGAGCCGUAUUUCAAUUUUAACUCCAUUCAAGAAUCAAUGAAUGAAAUCUUAUUUGAAGAAUACCAGUUUCAAGCAGUUUACAGAACAAAUGCUGGGUCACUCAGUGCUUACAAGUAUUUUGAAGAAAAUAAAUCUGAACUCUGCUGUCUUGUGGUGGAUACCGGUUACUCUUUCACACAUAUUGUUCCUUACUGUAAAGGAAAAAAGAUGAAUGAAGGUAUUUGCAGGAUUAAUGUAGGAGGGAAACUACUUUCUAACCAUCUCAAGGAAAUAAUAUCCUACAGGGAUGAAGCCUGCCUUUGUCAAGAGGAAGUUCCCUUGAGAGACCUCUCUCAAAGAAGGCAACCCGACAUAACAAAAUUUGUUGCCACCUCCAAUUGGCCAACUCAGCCUCCAGCCAACUGAGGAAAAAUGUAUUUGAACAUCAGGCUCUUAAACAUGAAACUAAGGUCAUGGUUUACUAGGCAAUUGUGAAUUUGCCUUCCUACACACAUCAGUGGUACCUUUGAAAGAUCCAAAUAAGGUGGUCUAAUAGUAUCCUCUCCUAAGCCAACAAAUACGCAGAAUUGAAGUGCCAAUAAAUCAAAACCAUUAAUGCUGUCAAGACAUGACAUUCAUAUGCUUGAUACCAGAGUCAGAACUCUGUUAUAGCAGGAAACCCUCCAGGAAAAUAGCAGGAACGCUGCAGGGAUGUUCUCGAUGCAUCCUGGAAACGAUCCGACUUCCCUGCUGACCUGUGGAAGUCCUUGACUUGUGAUCAACCAAACCUCCCCCAUAUAAGGCAAAGUCUGCAGAUCUGACAUUGGAUGUAUUAAACAUCUCAGAAGUCCUCGUUGCGGUAGAGUGGAAGCAAGUCAUCCUUGAAUCUGAGGAAUGGCCUAUGAAGAAUCAUGUGGAGUCCAAAACUAGAGGGCAUAGAUUUAAGGUGAGAGGGGAAUGGUUUAAAAAAACACCUGAGGGGUAACUUUUUCAUGCAGAGGGUUGUGCGUGUGAGGAAUGAACUGCCAGUGGAAGUGGGUAAAAUUACAGUAUUGAAAAUGCAACUGGAUGGUACUGUUACAAUGGGGAUUGUUCAAACCCCUCUGAUAAUUAAACUAAAACACAAACCCUGAUCUAUAAUGAAAGGAGCAGGGGUUCCCCUCUAAUAAUUACCCCCUAAACACUUGGAGAAGCUCGCCUUUCUCCUCAUAAUCUAUUAAAAGAGUGGUUAAAAGAAAGAAAGUAACAAGAAACAAUAUUUAUUUAACCCAACAAUGAACAAAUUAACAAAAUUACUAACAAACCGACAAUUCACCUCCUCCCGCCCCAGACUACUAACUAAUUGCUAUCUGGUCUAAGUUCUGCUGGAAUGCUGUCUUCUGGAAUAUUCUGUCUUUUCCAGUUUCUUCACAAACGCCUUUCUUCUGUUAAUUCUGCUGUCAGGGAAGUUUUAUCCCUAUAAUUUCUUCAAUGAGGACUUUAAGCAUAAAAUACUGUGGUACUUUUGAUUAAUUAGGUGGGCUUUCUCUGAGAGCUUAAUGAUGGUAACUCUGGCAGGUGGCAGUUAUGUCUUUCCGAUGACAGUUGGCUCUCUCCGAUUUUUCCAAAUGCCCUCGUCUUGUAUACCUGUAAUGACGUAAUCACAUUCUUGUAGUAUGAUUGGUUUCAGGUUGUCAACACCUCAGCUUUAAAUUCAAUUGGCUUUGAAUCGCUCAGUUUGGUUUUAAAU